AUGAGGUCGUUGGAAGUUUCACAGGAUGGGUCUGAUGGUGAGAGUACGUUGGUGAGUUUGAGUCAUGUGGCAUUGCCGGUUAUGACGAACACCGGGGUGGGAUUUGUGAAGGAUGUUUGCGACGCAGCUCGUUUGCCACAGUCGGUUGCUUGGCAGGCGACGGCGUCAAGUUGGUCACGACAGCGGACGUCUUUGAUGCGCAGUUUGGAGGUGCUAGGUACACUGCCUGAUGGUGUGAUGUGUGCAUCAGUACCCUCUCAGUGGAUGUCUCCGGGGUUGUCUUGGGAUCAGUGUCGAACGGGAUUGCUAGUUACGAGUUAUGAUGAGGACACCAAGAUCGCAAGAACCUUUACCAAGUUGUUGGAAAAAGUCGAUCUCGAAAACCUGCUCUUCUCUACCACAGCGCAAUUCCUGAAGGCGGUACACGAAAUUGUGUUGCGAAACCCCGCAGGAUGCGGCCUCGAUGAUGACCAAAAAAUACGAGUCAAAAACUGGGUCGAAGUAUUCGACCCAAAACAGACCGUCCAGGAACUUGUCGAAUCACUCCCCGAGCCCACUCUUACGGCACUACUCGAUACUUAUUCCACCUUCGCCGGAUAUGGUGGAUCUGUCAUCCCGCAACCAUCUGUGAGACAACAGCGCCCUAACACAGGGAAUGAUCAGAACAGUAAGAGUAAUCGGACCAGUAACAGUGACAAGACCAAACCCCGACCGGCGGUUUUGCGACCACCAAGACUUUCCUCCAAGUUCAUGAUCGAACGGCCUCAUCCCGAAGUUCGAACCCCAACUGAACUCGAACCCCAACUGAACUCGAACCCCAACUGA